AUGGCUCGUCGUCUCCUUGCGCUCAUGACGCUAGCUAUCGGAAUCGCUCAAGCCCUGGCCACUGAUCCUUUGGGAAUCUGCAAAGAUUCGGGUCCUCGCACAUGUUCUGGCAACGAUCUCGAGCAACUCUUCAUUGCCAACGGUCCCAUCACCACUCUCGAUUGCAAUUUCACGCUCUCGGCUACUCUGGAUGGCACAACCAUGUUCUACGCUAUCAUCUCUUUCACUCCAACUAAUCAACGAUAUCCAGUUCCAUUUUCAUCGUUCACUCCAACAAACGAGAACCCAAUCGUAAAGUUCUCUCUCAGGGACAAGAAGAUCUCAACCGUUGUUGCACCCUACCCUGACAUUGGACUGGAAGGCGAGAAGUAUAGAGAGAUUUUACUUACUUAUAAGGAUCUGGAUCAGUAUGGCAGCUCAAAUGUCUUCCUUCUCAACGGACUUGGUAAUCUGGGGUUGAUGGUUGAGGUUGAGGGCCGAAUGAAGUGGCAGUGCAUUGAUGGGACUGUUGCCCUGGUUCUGGUUGCACCCGAAGGACGGAAUUUCAUCACCGAUAGUGGAGCUUUUCAAAGACCUUAUCCAGGACCUUUGUUGAUUGACAAUGCCUUCGGAGGCAGACUUUUCAGCUCCGGGGGCAUCUUCAAGAAGAUCGAUGUCGUUGUACACAUUGUCUCGGAGGAAUGA